UUAGGGCUGUUGGAGCCCAGCUGGUUCCGGUUGGGAAAAAUGGCGGUGGCUGGGGCGGCGUCCCGGGAGCAGCUGGUGGGCUGGUGUACCCAGCAGUUAAGGAAAACUUUCGGCCUGGAUGUCAGCGAGGAGAUCAUGCAGUAUGUUUUGUCAAUUGAGAGUGCUGAAGAGAUACGAGAAUAUGUCACUGACCUCCUUCAGGGAAAUGAGGACAAAAAAGGUCAAUUCAUAGAGGAGCUUAUAACCAAAUGGCAAAAGAAUGAUCAGGAGUUGAGUUCUGAUGCUCUGCAGCAGUCCUUCAAAAAAGAUGAAAUGUUGGAUGGGCAGAGAUCAGGAGACCAGCUAAAGAGGAGUAGGAGGAAAGGCAGAAAUAGACAGGAAGUUCCUGCAUUUGCUGAACCUGACACAACCACGGAGGUCAAAACACCUUUUGAUUUGGCCAAGGCACAGGAGAACAGCAGCUCCUUAAAGAAGAAGACAAAGUUUGUCAGUUUAUACACAAAAGAGGGACAGGACAGGCUUGCAGUCCUGAUUCCUGGUCGCCAUCCUUGUGAUUGCCUGGGCCAGAAGCACAAGCUGAUCAAUAACUGUCUGAUCUGUGGGCGCAUUGUCUGUGAACAAGAAGGUUCUGGCCCCUGCUUUUUCUGUGGCACUCUGGUAUGUACUCGUGAAGAACAGGAUAUUUUACAGCGUGACUCAAACAAAAGCCAGAAAUUGCUGAAGAAGCUAAUGUCAGGGACGGAGAGUUCUGGAAAGGUGGACAUCUCUACCAAGGACCUUCUUCCUCAUCAAGAAUUGCGAAUUAAGUCUGGUCUGGAGAAGGCUAUUAAGCAUAAGGACAAACUGUUAGAAUUUGACAGAACUAGCAUUCGAAGGACGCAAGUCAUUGAUGAUGAGUCAGAUUACUUUGCCAGUGAUUCUAACCAGUGGUUGUCUAAAAUUGAGCGGGAGACCCUGCAAAAACGGGAGGAGGAGCUGAGAGAAUUUCGACAUAUGUCUCGGCUCUCUAAGAAAAUCACCAUUGACUUUGCAGGCAGGAAGAUCGUGGAAGAUGAAAAUCCUCUAGCAGAGUAUCACAGCAAACUAGAUGAGACAAUACAGGCAAUUGCCAAUGGAACCUUGAACCAACCACUCACCAAAUUGGAUAGAUCUUCUGACGAGCCUUUGGGAGUUCUGGUGAAUCCCAACCUGUACCAGUCCCCUCCCCAGUGGAUAGACCAGACAGGUGCAGCCUCACAGAAGAAGGCUUUCCAUUCAGGAGGAUCGGAACUAGAAUUGAACUCCUAUCGGCACCAGUUGCGAAUCCAGGACCAAGAAUUUCAGGAAGGCUUUGAUGGUGGCUGGUGCCUCUCUAUGCAUCAGCCCUGGGCUUCUCUGCUUGUCAGAGGGAUCAAAAGGGUGGAGGGCAGAAGUUGGUACACUCCUCACAGAGGACGUCUUUGGAUAGCAGCCACAGCCAAAAGACCCUCCCCUCAAGAAGUCUCAGAACUCCAGACUACAUAUCGUCUUCUUCGUGGGAAAGAUGUGGAAUUUCCCAACGACUAUCCAUCAGGUUGUCUUCUGGGCUGUGUGGACCUCAUUGACUGCUUGUCCCAGAAGCAGUUUAAGGAACAGUAUCCAGACAUGAGUCAAGAAUCUGAUUCUCCAUUUGUUUUCAUCUGCACAAAUCCCCAGGAAAUGAUUGUGAAGUUUCCUAUUAAAGGAAAUCCAAAAAUCUGGAAACUGGAUUCCAAGAUCCAUCAAGGAGCAAAGAAGGGGUUAAUGAAGCAGAAUAAAGCUGUCUGACCCAGGAGAAAAGGAGCUAUACAGCAUAGUGGAGUUUUGUGUACUAAAAUUGCUAUCCACUGGUCCUUUGGAAUUGAAGCAUUAGAAAUGUAAAGGCUUGGCAUCAGGCUUGAAUCUUUGAGAAUUUAGACUCUUACCUAAAUCUGUAUAUUUUUCUUAAAGAGUGGGAUUCUUACUUUAUGUAGUAGGUCAAAAUCUUUGAAUACAUUAUUUAUAAAAUGCUAUUUUAAAAAUUCUAGGUCUUUGACAUUUUUCUCAAAAUGGUAUCAGAAAAGAACAAGUUGGAAAUUACUUUCCUUUCUGAAGCUUGGAUUUGAGAUUGGGAACUUUCUUAGCAAAGGUUAACAAUUUUUUGAGAGACCACUUGAAUUUUAAAGUUUCUUUUCAAAGUAAUAGUCUGGUUAGAGUAUUAAGGUGUUUGAGGAAUCCUAUGUUUAAUGCAUACCUGUGAUGGGACAGAAAGGGUUUUAACAAGUUUUUUGCUCUAGUCCAACAUGUCUUGAAGUGAACAGUCUUCAAAAGCUGAAUAACCUUCAUUGGCAGAUUUUUUUUUUUUUUUUUUUAAGUGAUAACCUAAAAAGGUGCUGCCACUUUGUUCUUUGGUUUGAGAUGUUAGGACAUAAGAAGAUCAGACUGGGAGAAGAUAGAGCUACUUGCUCAAGCAACAUGAAACUGCCCUAUUUAUUUUGUGGGUAUUGCAAAAGCAUCACUUAGAUGGGACAAUUAGAAGCAAACUAAAAAAUAAAGUCCCUUCAGUAAAUGUAUUCAUAUACCCCCAAAUGCUGAAACCCAACCUUUUAAACCAUCACACCUCAGGAAGCUGUGAGCUUUGAAAAAAUAGGUUGAUUUGAAAUGAGAUUUUUUACUCAUCAGUCUGGCCCUACUUAGUGAAACACUUUUUUUCUGAGUCUGUUCAGCAGAGCUGUCAGAAUCUCAGUUGCUGGCAUCCUCAGGAAAUUCAUGGUCUUAAAUGUGUAUGUUCUGCUUUUUAUAAAGCACCACCACCACACUAGGGAAGUUGGAUUCCCUCCAGCAGUUGUGUGCAUGACUUAAAAAAGAGAGCACGCAGGAGAGAAAAAAAAAGUGCCCUGUGUUAUGAAAAAGAUUAAUUUCCCCUUUCUUUAAUCCUUCAUAUUCAGCAUGUAUUUGCAUUGAAAUGCCUCCACUCAUAUGCAUUGAUGUUCACUCAACUGUGAACUCUGCUUGUUGCAUAGCUCUAGGCACUGGUUUUGUGGGGGCCUGAUCACUUUGGAUUCCCAGGGAAAACCUACCCGAUUCUUGUUCUGGUAAUGCCAAUAUGCAGUAUUCUCUUUCUUUUCCUGCUCAACUUCUGUAGAGAAAAUGGAAAGGACAGCUAAUGGUACUUCUUUAGAGGGAAAAAAAAAAGUCUCAUUCUGGUCUCCUGAAGAUCCUAGUAUUAUUAAUGAAGCCACACUGUGUUAAUAGUUUACCAAGCAGUAAUAUCUUGAAUUCUGCACUGGAAUUGUCUCGUUUUCUGAGUACCAAAAUAAAACCAAAAGGCAGGAGGUGAAGGACCCAGGAAACAACAACCACAAAAAGUUACCUGCCUUUUUAUGUGAAUGACAGCUCAA